AUGUCGACAGAUGAGAAGACAAAGAGAUCGUCGGUACCCAGAUUUUCUUCGUUCAAGCCAAAGUCCCAGCAUGUCGUAGAGCCUAUUGCCGACACGGGCACUGCCAAGUCACGGCCUCCAGAGUAUCAUGACACUCACAUCAGUCGUCGCCGUCACUCUCCUAUCCAAGCAGAUGUGCCGUCUAGACCUGCAAAUCGGCCGCCUCGGGGCUCACAGAAACAGCCAAAUGAACGAGAACUGGACCGGAACCCCUGGUACUACUCCGAUAUGCGAGGGGACGACCUCAUUUUACGGUACGGCAGUAAUGAUCGUAGAGGGAUUCCCGUAUACAGCCGCAUCGGCGCCGGUCGCGUCUUAGGAGGUGACGGCUUCAUGAGAAUUGAGAAGCUCGGAAGCCGAGACAUGUUCUUCAUCCGUAGCUAUUAUGAGACCAGUUCCUUGCUCAGCAGUGACAAGAAAAAUCUCCUAGCCAAAGGUAUUCACCCGUCCUCAAAGCCUAUCCGAGUACGGCCUGGCAAGUCUGAAAGCGGUGCUAGCACUGACGACUAUUUGCCGCUCGGGACAUCCAGGAAACGCAAGCGAGGUGAUGGUGCUUCUGAGGAGUCAUCUGAUGACGAGGGGCCUUCCUAUAGGUCCAUUCAUGGAAAGACCAAAGCCCAUGAAUGCUCCGACAGCGACGAGGAACUUGAUAAUGAUGCUUCCGGGGAUGUGUUGAAUGAAAAUAUGAAUGAUCCCCUGGCUAUGGGGUCUAUAGAGCUUACGAGGAAAGUCCGUCAGCAUCCGGAAGAUCUUGAAUCCUGGCUUGAGCUGGUUGAUCUCCAGAACAGCUUGCUUGAUCUCCAGACUGGAACUCGCGCUCCAACUGCAGCGGAGAUGAGAAGUUUUGCGGAUAUUAAAUUAUCCUUACUUGAACAGGCCUUGUCACACAUCGGCGAUGAUAGCCGCCGUGAAAAGCUGAAAUUCAAAACAAUGGAAGAGGGCCUCAAGGUGUGGGAAGCCAAGCUAACUCUAAAGAAAUUCGAGGAGUUGAUGCAGCAAUAUCCUAAAAGCUUUGAUAUAUGGAAGCUGUAUCUGACUUAUUCACAAACUACACUCUCGACAUGUCGCUUUGAUGAGAUAAAGCGACUAUACGUCGACAAAAUACGGUCUAUUGGGACAGAGCUCUUCAAUCUGUCUUCUGUGUCAGAGAGAAUCGAGUGUGCUAGACAGAUAAUAUACGUAUUUGCACGUUUAACUCGAUUUCUGGCCGACGCUGGCUUUGGUGAACUUGCCUUGGCAGCAUGGCAAGCUACUUUAGAUCUGAAUCUUGUACGGCCCUCCACAGUCCCGGGGGCAGGGUGGGAGAUCCCUUUAAGCUUUCAAGAAUACUGGGAAAGCGAAGUUCCUCGGCUUGGUGAAGAUCACUGGCGCGGAUGGGCCAACUGGGUAAACAAUCCUACUUCUCUAGAGCCUCCUGCUCCCGCCACAUGUAAACCACCCAUCCUACCUAGCACACGCGACGGCUACAAAGCUUGGUAUACCACUGAGCACCAUCGAGCCCAGCAUGCUAGAAUCCCUGCCCGGACAUUGGAUGAGGGAGCCGAAGACGACCCAUAUCGAGUUGUAAUGUUUUCUGAUCUCGAGGGUAUCCUACUAUAUUUCCCCACAGAUAUUGUUCCGCAAAUCCAGUCGCAGCUAGUAGAUGCUUUCUUAGUAUUUUGUCACGUCCCACCUGGCCUAGUGAACAAGCGCUCAGUUAAGGAACUCACGACAGAUCCCUUUCUUGUCCGCAGUGCACAAGAUGUUCCCUUCACGCACCUCUCAUCCAGGGCCAUGACAGAUGCAUCUAACGAUCAGCAAGCCAAACCGCCCGAAUUCUUCUAUGAAAUACAGGAAAUGGCUCUCACGCCCGAGGUACUCGUCUCUACUCAACAAUGGUUUAGAUAUUUGGGACCAGUACAUAACCUGCCUCUUCACAGUUAUACAUGGAUAACGACGACGCUGAAGCAGCUCAUACAGGUGAUAAGAACGGGGGGGCUCGGGCCUUAUUCUCUAGCAUUUGAAUCUAUCAAUGAGCCUGGGAAUGAGAAGAAGCGUGCUAAAGCACUCCUCAAGCAAGAUCCUACUAAUGUACAUCUGUACCUCGGCUAUUCUAUUCUCGAGCAAGAGCGGAAGAAUAAUGUUACAGCUCACAAUGUUGUGAUGGCAGCGCUCGGUCUGCCAUCCAUACCAGCCCACCACCGUGUCCUGUUAGGAAUUCGAGCAGCAUGGCUGGAGCUCGACGGUGAAGAGCUCGCGAAGGCCGUCUCCCACUUAUGUCGAGUAGCAGAAGAAAAGUCGGCGUCUAAUGAUGCGCAAAUAUCAGAACCCAUAGAGACUACUCCGUCUCAGAUAUUAAAAGUAAAACAGUUCCUAGUGACAAACCGAGACUACAAAAUGUCAUCAGGCGAUGUUGCCGAAGCAGUCAUCUACGCUGAAGGCCUAGUGCUGCUCGAUUAUUUGACCCAGCGAGGCGGAAAGGAACCCGGUUCUCAGAGACAGGGCGAUAUCCAGUCAGCGAUUGUAAGAAUCACCCAAUGCUCUGAGGAUCUCGUUUCGCGUGGUCAGCAACACAGCGCUUCUCAUGAGAGAUUCCUUCAGUCCUGUGCCCACCUGCUGUACUAUCAUGCUACUCACGGACCCUUCCACUCAGGAUUCCUGCGCGAACAGCUCUCACAAUACCUCACAUAUUUCCCUUCCAACACCAUCUUUCUCUCCCUCUUCGCCUGGCGCGAGACGCGGCUGAGCGUCAGCGACCGCGUGCGCUCUCUACUGCAAAACAGCACCCUCACGCGCGCCAACGAAUCCCUCUCAAGCCACGUCUUCGCCAUAUCCCAUGAGCUGCGCACAGGCAACGCGCACUCGGCCCGUGCGGCCUUCGAGCGCGCGCUAUCCGCCGACUGCUGCAAGCACCACGUCGGGCUCUGGAUCGCGUACGUCCGCUUCUGCCAUGGUAGGAAGGAGCUGCGCGCCAAGGCCAAGGCCGUCUUCUACCGCGCCAUCCAGGCUUGUCCCUGGUCAAAGGGUGUUUUCAUGGAAGCCUUCGGCACUCUUGUGAGGGAGAUGGAUUCCGCCGAGCUGAAGAGCGUUUAUGCGACUAUGUGCGAGAAGGGUCUGCGGAUACAUGUCGAUAUGGAUGAAUUUAUCGAGGACUGGCGCGAGAAGACGAAGGGUGUUGAGAGAGAGAAGGGGGGCAAGAGUAGGAAGAGGUAGUUGGAUCAGCAAUGUAGGAAUUCUUAUACGUGUAACAGAUAGAUGUGAAUGGAUUGUAGAAACCCAGGUAGUCCUCGCCUUUCGAAGGCCUGGUUCGUUCCAGCAUCUAUAUUGCGAGACAGGGCAUCUCACAAGCAAACAAUCGGUUAUGAAUACUCAAGGUUCCCUACAUACUUGCGCUUUAUAUACACAGUAAUCGGAUUAUGA